AUGGCUGAAGCUAAAUCAGGACCAUGGCCCGAUGCCAGCUUGUUGAGACUUCCAAAGCUGAAAUCUCACCUACAACAGAAUCAGAUUAAAUUCGACAGGAACACUCCAGAACUGGAACUCAUUGAUAUCUACAACCAUCACAAAAAACUUUGGGAGCGCCAAGCUGGAAACGAUAGCGGCACUGCAGAACCUGCCCACAAAAGGAAAAGUUUGACAAAAGCGGGCGAGGAAGCUGGUGGCCGACCCGAAGUGGCCGCACACAACAUCAAAAAACUUCAGGAAAUUCUCAAAGAGCACAACAUACCCUUUGCCGAUAAGGAUGGGCCGGCGGUACUAGUACCGCUUUACGACAAACUCAAGCUAGAACAACAGAACUUGAACACGUCGGCCAGCGGGGCUGGCGCGCAGCAGCCUGGAGGCACCGAUACUGCUGGAAACUUGGACGCCAAUCGACCGCAGUCUAAUCAGCUUCAAGAGGUGAUCCCAGCCGCCACUCCGCCGCCACCUGAACAUCAUGAUCUGGAUGUCGCGGACACCGAGUCCGCACACCGCCGACCGGAAAUAAACCGGGCCCAAGAGCCGAUCCCAAACCUCGCUGCGCCGCCAUCUCCAACGGAUGCCCCGACAGCGGAAGCUAGCAAAGCAGAUGCUCAUUCCGACCACCGAGCUGAAACAAACCGGCUUCAAGAGGUGAGCCCACCUGCCGCGCCACCAUCACCUCAAAAUCCUCUGGAUGCCUCAGAUCGCCAACCCCAAUCAGACCGGGCCAAAGAGGCCAACCCGCUCCCCGCUGCGCCUCCAUCACCUCAACCUCCUGUGGAUGGCACGGAAGCUCAUUCAUAUCACCAGGCUGAAACAAACCGGCCUCAACAGGUGAGCCCACCGGCCGCGCCACCAUCACCUCAACAUCCUACAGAUGCCUCAGACACGGCCUCAGAUCACCGAGCUCAAACAGACUGGGCCGAAGAGGAAAACCCAAUUGCUGCGCCUCCAUCACCUCAACCUCCUCCGGAUGGCACGGAAGCUAGCAAAGCGGAAGCUCUUUCAGAUCACCGGGCUGAAACAAACCGGCCUCGUGAGGUUAUUCCAACCCCCGCUCUGCCGCCAUCACCUCAACAUCCUUCGGAUGCCGCGGAUACUACCAAAGCCGACCCUUGUUCAGAUCGCCGACCGGUAACAAAGCGGCCUGAAGAUGAGAUACCAUCCCCCGCUGCGCCGUCAUUACCUCAAGAUCAUCUGGAUGUUGCAGACACUCCCGCAGAUUGCCAAGCUGAAGGAAACCGGGAUCCAAACGUGUUAUCAACCUCGGUCGUGUUACCAUUAGUUCCCCAUCAGACCACCAGCCUUAUCCCUUGCAAAAGACCGUUUAAGCCCAGCCGGCUCACAUCCGGCCCCACCACCGCCACCGUCUCCAUCCCCGCCGCCACCGCCACCGUCUCCAUCCCCGCCGCCACCGCCACCAUCUCCAUCCCCGCCGCCACCUUCGCCAUCUCCAUCCCCGCCGCCACCGCCGCUGCCCCAAUCCCCGCCGCCACCUCUGCCAUCUCCCAACCCCUCACUUGCUUCGCGUACUCAACCAUUACCUCCACCAAUCCAAUCAUCGCCGGAGCAAACCUGGACCAAUCCCACAAAGCUGACCAUACCGGAAAUCAAGAAUGUGCUUGA